UUUUCCACACCGACUUUGAAGGUUUCCUUUGAGAGCAGCGAUCAUGGAUACUGUGAUGAUCUCCUUCGUUUACUAGUACUACUUCCCUGCUUUACAACUUACUAUUUCUUACCUUGAAAGCAGAUCUAAGCUUUGUGUGAUUUGAAGAAACUUAAACAAAGAUUUGGACAUCUGAGUUGUAGAAUGAGGAAGACGAUUCAGCUCUCUGGGUUCCCUCAUACUGUUACUGCAGAAGCAAUUAAGGGAUUUCUGGAGGGUCACACUGGAAAUGGAACUGUUUAUGCACUGAAAAUCAAACUCCAGAAACGAAAACCUCGUAGACGGGCGCUUGCUUUUGCUAGUGUGCAAUUUACAACUGCUACAAGUGCUGAAAUUAUAACCAACUUGGUCAAUGGGCCCCUGCGCCUGCGUUAUGGUACUUUUUAUUUGAAGGUUUGGGUUAUGGAUCGCGAUAUAGUACCAAAGCCAAGGCCAUCGAUUUUCAAUUUGGAGCAUACGAAACUGCAUUUUGGUUGUCAGGUUUCAGAUGACCAAUUCUUUGUUCUCUGGUCAGGGCAGAAUGUUAUGGUAAACUUUGGUUUUGAAUUGCGGAAGAUAUACUUCUUCUUGUCUUAUGGCGGAGUAGAAUAUAAGCUUGAACUCUCUUAUGAGGACAUUUGGAAAAUCCAGCUUCGUCGUCCAGAUGGUCAAAAUAGAUACAAGUUUCUCUUAAUUCAGGUACUUGGUGUUCCUAUGAUCUAUGAGAAAGCUGUACGCUCUUCAGAGCUUUCAUAUGAAGAUCCUAUUUUAAACUAUUUUAUGGAUGCUUCAAAUGAUCAGUGGGAUAGAGCAACGGAUUUCACUCCCUCAUGUUGUAUUGGGCAAUCUUCUGCCAUGUGCUUGGAACUUUCAUACAACUGUGAACUUCUGGAUUUCAAAGAACAUUUUAUCUACUAUGAAGAAGAUGAAGGUCAGUUCAUUUUGAAGAGUGGAUCAGCUUUCUCCCGCAAUUUGGAUCUAGUCCCCAUUGUUGGCCCUCCUGAUAUCCCUGAGUUGGAGAGAUUUCCAUAUAAAAUUCUCUUUAAGGUGUGUUCCUUGGUUCAGAAUGGGUGCCUUGCGGGGCCAACACUUGAUGCCAAUUUUUUCAAGUUGGUUCAUCCUGCCCACAAUCCAGUUAAGUACAUAGAGCAUGCCUUGGAGGAGCUGUAUCAUUUAAAAGAAUGCUGCUAUGAACCUGUCAAGUGGCUCCUUAAGCAAUAUGGAAGCUACCGUAAAUCCAAUCGUCUGCCUAAGUCUCCUUCUAUUUCCAGAGGUACCGGCUUGGUAUAUGUCCGCAGGGUUCAAAUAACCCCUAGUAAAGUGUACUUCUGUGGUCCGGAGAUUAAUGUUUCCAAUCGUGUGCUACGCAACUUCUCUAAAUACAUUGAUAAUUUUAUUCGUGUAUCUUUUGUUGAUGAGGAUUCAGAUAAAUUGUAUUCAACAGAUUUAUCUCCACGUACACCUUCUGCCGUUGAAGAAAGACGUACUGGAAUUUAUAAAAGAAUAUUUUCUACUUUAAGAGAUGGCUUAGUUAUUGGAGAAAAGAGAUUUGAUUUUCUUGCCUUCUCAUCAAGUCAGUUGCGUGAUAAUUCUGCAUGGAUGUUUGCGGAAACGGAUGAUGGGCUUACAGCUGCAACGAUAAGAGAUUGGAUGGGUGAUUUUCGUGGAAUAAGAAAUGUGGCAAAGUAUGCUGCUAGAUUGGGUCAAUCUUUCAGUUCUUCCACAGCUACUCUUGAUGUUUCCAAUCGUGAAUUUGAAAAUAUAUGUGACAUAGAAUUGGUAAGAGGUCAGGUGAAAUAUGUUUUCUCAGAUGGGAUUGGCAAAAUUUCUGCUGAUUUUGCUAGGCAAGUUGCAGAAAAAUGUGGCUUAAAAAGCUCUACUCCAUCUGCCUUUCAAAUAAGAUAUGGUGGCUACAAGGGUGUUGUGGCUGUAGAUCCUACAUCAACAAUGAAAUUAUCCUUAAGGAAGAGCAUGUGUAAAUAUGAAUCACAGAAUACAAAACUAGAUGUUCUGGCAUGGAGCAAGUAUCAGCCUUGCUUCCUCAAUCGUCAGAUAAUCACUCUUUUGUCAACACUUGGUGUGAAAGACCAUAUUUUUCAAGAGAAGCAAAAGCAGGUUGUAGACAAACUGGAUGUUAUUCUAACUGAUCCAUUGAGGGCACUGGAAGCACUUGAGCUGAUGUCUCCAGGUGAAAACAGUAAUGUUCUCAAGGAAAUGUUGAUAUGUGGUUAUGAGCCUCAUUCUGAACCAUUCCUUUUGAUGAUGCUACAAACAUUCCGGGCAGCAAAGCUGCAAGAACUGCGGAUGAAGACUAGGAUAUUUGUUUCAAAUGGAAGAUCAUUAAUGGGAUGUCUGGACGAAACUGGAACUUUGGAAUAUGGGCAAGUAUUUGUCCAAGUUUCUAGCAUUGGGCACAUGAUUCGUGGAAAUGAAUCACACCAGAAAAAAAUUAUUAAGGAAAACGUAACUGUUGCUAAAAACCCAUGCUUGCAUCCUGGUGAUGUGCGUGUUUUGCAAGCCAUUGAUGUCCCAGCAUUGAACCAUAUGGUUGAUUGCAUUGUUUUCCCACAAAAAGGUGCAAGACCACACCCGAAUGAAUGUUCAGGAAGUGAUUUAGAUGGAGAUACAUACUUUGUAAGCUGGGACCCUGCACUUAUUCCACCUCGUCAAAUCCAACCAAUGGAGUAUGUCCCAGCAGAAACUAUUUCCCUGGACCACGACGUUACAAUUGAGCAAGUUGAGGAGUACUUCACGAACUACAUAGUGAAUGAAAGCCUUGGAAUGAUUGCAAAUGCUCACACAGUAUUAGCUGACAAGGAACCAGAAAAGGCAGAAAGCAAUAAAUGUAUAGAGCUUGCAAGGCUUUUCUCAAUUGCUGUUGAUUUCCCAAAGACUGGUGUACCUGCUGAAAUUCCAAGUCAUCUACACGUCAGGGAAUAUCCAGAUUUCAUGGAAAAGCUUGACAAGCCAACCUAUGAAUCACGAGGAGUGAUUGGAAAACUGUAGAGAGAGAUAAAAAACAAAGCAUCUCACACAACCUUCGCAAAAUUUACUAAGGAGGUGGCAAGGAAAUCUUAUGACCGUGACAUGGAGGUUGAUGGCUUUGAGGAUUACAUCGAUGAUGCUUAUUAUUACAAAGGUGAGUAUGAUUCUAAGUCGGGAAACCUGAUGAGUUAUUAUGGGAUCAAAACUGAGGCACAGAUCCUCAGUGAGUGUAUCACGAAGACAGAAAAGUCAUUCUCCAAGAAAUGGGAUAGGGAUGCAAUUGGAUUGGAAGUCAAGUCUUUAAAGAAGAAGGCAAGGAGAUGGUUUGAUGUGGGACUGGGGUCAGGCUCAGCACCCGACAAGGUAUAUGCUAAGGCAUCAGCUUGGUAUCAUGUAACAUAUCAUCCUGAUUACUGGGGAUGUUAUAAUGAGGGAAUGAAUCGGGACCAUUACCUAAGUUUUCCAUGGUGCAUCUAUGAUAAGCUGGUAAAGAUCAAGAAGGACAAAAGCAGUAUCAGAAGGUCACUUCAUUUAUCAUCACUGGAACGCCAAUUCGCAGAUGGUUUGACGCUUGGUUGAAUAGCAUGGUACCCUUUAAAUUUUUAUGUUUCUUAUUUUUCUGUAUGUUUGGAUUGCAAGAAACGAUUUAGUUGUGUAAGUAGGUAAGGCUUGACUGAACUAUAUGCUUAAUGUAUGAUGUAAAUAGGAAGAUUAGUGUUGCACCAUUUAGGUGAUUUGGAUC